ACCACCUCAGAAUAAAUUAGCAUUCGUUAACAGACGAGUUGUUCAUGCGUGAGCUUCAAUUUGUUGUUUUUUUUAGAGAGUUUGUUGAAGUGGAUUCAUGUGAAAGUUUUUUAAAGCACCAGACAAACAAAUCUCUCGCGAGCCUCUCACUUGGCCACGUCUUUCUUUCUUUCUGUUUUUUCAUUGUUGUUUGACGUCCAAAGCGACUUCCGAAGGAAUAUUAAAAUUCCGAGCACGUCUCGAGUCCCUGAGCGUCUCGGAGUGUCUCAGAGACUUUAUUGGAUUGAAGAACGCUGGUGAUAUUUACACAAGACAUGUAGCUCUGAAGAAAAACGUCACAUUUUAUUAACUUUUAUACCUCCGUGCGGACAAGAGAGCUUUCGGGACUGUGAGCUGACCUUCAUCGACAGAGACUCACACUCGGACAACACACGUUUUCAGAAAGGAGCAGAAGGAACUAAAUCAGUCAGCGUUCUACUGCAGCCAGCCAACAAACCAAGCAAACGCACUUCCCGAUUGAUUUAUUUAAUCCGAGCUCAAUAUGCGUAAUAAGCAUUUUGAUGCUUGAGGAGUUGAAGAGCUUGGAUCAUGACCAAUACCCAGCACACCCACCCAUCCUGAGCGCACAAAAGUGUUAGGAGGGGCGUGAGGGCUCAUGCCAUCAUCCUGCAGGUGGCUGUAACGGAGGUAACGUGAUCCGGAGACAUGACUUCAUCAUCAUGAGUGGAAAAAAAGGAUACAGAAUGCAUCAUUGAAAAGCCAAAGCCAACGUUUGAAAGCUGCUGGAAAGAUGAAGUUUCAGUGGUUAGAUUUAGAUGCCCCUACACCUUUUCUGUAAGACUUUACAAGGUUAAGAUGUCAAUCCCUUUUGAGUUGACUGUAACCAGAACCCAAACUGAUCUCCAGACAGAUUUAACACAGGGACGACCAUGAGUUUGAACACUGUAUGUCUCACCUGAUUAUGCUGAGCUGAACUGAGUAAUACUUUAAGAGCCAGUUCACAGCAGAUGUGCAAUGGUGCCUGCUGAAGAAAACCUCACAGCUGUAUUCAACCUAGACAGCUGUCUGAACUGCACCCAGCCACCAGUGUAUGAUGUAAAUCUCCCAAAGGUGGUGACCAUGGUGGUGGUCUUUAUGAUUUUCCUUCUGUUUGGAGUAAUGGGUAAUGUGCUGGUCAUCAUGUCUGUGGUGUGCCACCAACAUCUCCGAUCAGUCACGCAUUGCUUCAUUGCCAACUUAGCUGUUGCUGAUCUGCUUCUCAGCAGCGUGGUUGUGCCAUUGUCAGCCUCUUCCGAGGCACUGGGACGCUGGGUUUUGGGCCGGGCAUUGUGUGGUGUGUGGGCAUCGCUCGAUGUCCUGUGCUCCACCGCAUCCAUCUUCAACCUCUGCGUUAUCUCUGUGGACCGCUGGCUGGCUGUCACCUACCCGCUGCGAUACCUGUCUCUCGCCACAUCUAAGCGUGCUGUCGGUGCCAUGGUGGCUGUCUGGGUGGCGUCAGCUGGCAUUUCCGUCGGGCCUCUGUUUGGCUGGAGAGAACCGAUGCCUGAUGACGAAUCAGUAUGCAGCGUCAACGAAGAUCCAGGUUAUGCCAUUUUCUCUGCCUCCUGCUCCUUCUACAUUCCCCUCACUGUGAUAUUAAUCAUGUACUGUAAAGUCUACAUGGUGGCACGCAGGAAAGCAAGAAGACUGACUGAAGGACAGUGGCACAGUGACAUAAAGGGUGGGGCAGAGUUCAGGAUCCACCGUGGUAAUGCUCAGAGAUGCCAUGCUGAGAGAGGAAAGGAAGACGAAGGAAGUAGGAAAGGUCGCUCUUAUGGUGCCCUUGUGAAGCUGCUCUCGUUCUCAAAGGAGAUGAAAGCAGCGAAGACCCUGGGCAUAGUGGUGGGCUGCUUCAUCCUCUGCUGGCUGCCCUUCUUUCUCGUGUUGCCCCUAAGUUCCAUCUUCCCGUCUCACAGACCCUCAGACACAGUGUUUAAGAUCACCUUCUGGCUUGGAUACUUCAACAGCUGCCUAAACCCCAUCAUCUACCCGUGCUUUAGCCAGGAGUUCAAAAAAGCCUUUCAGAAUGUUCUUAAAGGCCUCUGCUUUCACAGAGCCACCCACACCCACACCACCACCACCACUAAUAUCACCCCUCUUACCCAAAUCUCCCCCCAUCCUGCCCUGCCCUCUCGUUCUGUCACUCUUUCUACCUCUCGGUUUACUCACACAGGGGCAGAUCGGGUGAGUAAAAGCCUCCUGAAGGCUUGCUGCAGCACUGGAGGCAAAACCAGCAGCACAGAGACUCGGCACGUCCUCGUCGACAUGAAAGGCGUGACGGGAGGACAGGCUGUGUGAGACACGACCAGCGUGAUCAGUAAGACACACUGGAUUAUAAAUGCAGCAGAGUUCACAAGCCUGAGUCCACUAGCAUGAUUUAGCAACAUUUAUCUACAGCUAAAACAUUGUUUAUACUGAGACAUUGAAAAGAACAGAAAAGAAAAAGAUUACACUCUCUUUUAUGAUGUGCAUGUCUGUGCUUGUACAUGUGUAUAGAUUUCUGCUUAUCUGUGUUCAUAAAAUUAGCAUUUAUUUGGUCAGUUCUUAACAAAAUUAAUAAACACAGUCAGACGGUCUCUUUCUCCUUUAUUUUUUGAAUAAAAAAUGCAACAUUUUGAACUUUUACUCCUAUCACGUUGUCACUUAGCGUGCUAGUUUCCUCUCUCUGUCAUUCUAUUGACUAUAUUUCAUUUUCCAUAAAUAUGUUGCUCAUACUGUCCACCUUAAAGAGAAAUGUUUCUCAGCUAGAUAUAAUAACUCAUCCACAAAGGACAAAUCCACUAUACUAAUCCAUAACACACUAUAUUAAUCCAUAACACACUAUACUAAUCCACACUACACUAUACUAUACACACUACACUAUACUAUACACACUACACUAUACUAAUCCACAC